UCGAGUCCGCGUUCCUCACGCGGCCGUCGCGAGACGGCUCCCUGCGUUCCCGCGCGGGUCCCGGGCAAUGGCUGCGCGGGGGUCGGAGCUCAGGGUCCUCAGCCUCGGGUCCCGCCCGCUCCGCUUCCUCCUCGUUUUUCAGCUGGUCGCCGGGCGCUGGGGUCCGGAGGGCGCGGGAGGCGGCGUGCCCGGAGGAUUAGCUGAACCAUCCUUUGUCGCCAAACAUGAAGAUAGUUUGUUUAAGGAUUUAUUUCAAAACUACGAGAGAUGGGUUCGUCCAGUGGAACACCUGAAUGACAAAAUAAAAAUAAAGUUUGGCCUUGCAAUAUCUCAAUUAGUGGAUGUGGAUGAGAAAAAUCAGUUAAUGACAACCAAUGUCUGGUUGAAGCAGGAAUGGAUAGAUGUAAAACUGAGAUGGAACCCUGACGACUACAGUGGAAUAAAAGUUAUACGAGUCCCUUCAGACUCUCUCUGGACGCCAGACAUUGUUUUGUUUGAUAAUGCAGAUGGACGUUUUGAAGGGGCCAGUACGAAAACUGUCGUCAGGUACGACGGCACUGUUACCUGGACUCCACCGGCAAACUACAAAAGUUCCUGUAUCAUUGAUGUCACAUUUUUCCCAUUUGAUCUCCAAAACUGUUCCAUGAAAUUUGGUUCUUGGACUUACGAUGGAUCACAGGUUGAUAUAAUUUUGGAGGACCAAGAUGUUGACAAGAGAGAUUUUUUUGAUAAUGGAGAAUGGGAAAUUGUGAGCGCAACAGGAAGCAAAGGAAACAGAACCGACAGCUGUUGCUGGUAUCCUUACAUCACUUACUCCUUUGUAAUUAAGCGUCUGCCUCUCUUUUAUACCUUGUUCCUUAUUAUACCCUGUAUUGGGCUCUCAUUUUUAACCAUACUUGUCUUCUAUCUUCCUUCAAAUGAAGGUGAAAAGAUUUGUCUCUGCACUUCAGUACUCGUGUCUCUGACUGUCUUCCUUCUUGUUAUUGAAGAGAUCAUACCCUCAUCUUCCAAAGUCAUACCUCUGAUUGGAGAGUACCUGGUGUUUACCAUGAUUUUUGUGACACUAUCCAUCAUGGUCACGGUCUUUGCUAUCAACAUCCAUCACCGUUCUUCCUCAACACAUAACGCUAUGGCUCCGUGGGUCCGCAAGAUAUUUCUUCAGAAGCUUCCGACGCUGCUUUGCAUGCAAAGUCAUGUAGAUAGGUGCUUCAGUCAGAAGGAGGAAACUGAGAGCAGCCGUGGACCAAAAUCUUCUAGAAACACACUGGAAGCUGCACUUGAUUCCAUUCGCUACAUUACAAGACACGUCAUGAAGGAGAAUGAUGUCCGUGAGGUUGUUGAAGAUUGGAAAUUCAUAGCCCAGGUUCUUGAUCGGAUGUUUCUGUGGACUUUUCUUCUGGUUUCAAUUGUUGGAUCUCUUGGGCUUUUUGUUCCAGUUAUCUAUAACUGGGCAAAUAUAAUAGUACCAAUUCAUAUUGGAAACGCAAAUAAGUGACACUUCCCUAGGGGCUGUAGUAGGAAUUUAGUUAAAAGGCACAUAUCUCUUAUGGCACCUAUAAAAUUAUGAAAAUGUAAAUUGUGUUUAAAAUUUGAUGCAAGCUUCAACAGAUUAACAGACACUAACAUCAGUUUAUCUUAAUAGAUUGCCCAUUAGAACAUCUACCUGCAUGACUGAAGUAAUAACUGGCUGAA